GGCACUAAGUAUUUUUUUCUUAUAGCAAAUGAAAAUGUUUUCAUUCCAUUAAUAAAUUAAUAUUAAUUAAUAUACCCUAAACAAGUUAAAAAAAUAUAAGAUUGCAAGCGGUGUAAUAGUCGAAAAAGGAUAAAGUCCAAAAAUGCUGACUUUGAGAGAGCGACAAAUAAAUGCCAUUAAGCAAAUGCUUAAUUUGAAUGCUCAGCAGCCCAAAGUUUUAGCUGCAGAGCCAGUGUGGAAGAUACUGAUUUAUGAUCGUGUGGGCCAAGACAUAAUUUCACCCAUAAUAUCAAUCAAGGAAUUGCGAGAAUUGGGUGUUACUUUACAUGUCCAACUGCACUCUGACCGAGACUCCAUUCCAGAUGUACCCGCCAUCUACUUCUGCAUGCCUACGGAGGAAAACCUAGAUCGAAUUCAACAGGAUUUCACAAAUGGCCUUUAUGACAUUUACCAUCUAAACUUUUUGGCCCCCAUAUCACGGCAAAAAAUCGAGGAUUUGGCAGCAAGUGCUUUGCAAGCCGGCUGUGUGGCCAACAUUCAUCGCGUUUAUGAUCAGUAUGUAAACUUUAUCAGUUUGGAGGAUGAUUUCUUCAUUUUGAAACAUCAGAAAAGUGAGCAGUUAUCGUAUUAUUCAAUAAAUCGUGCCAACACCCGUGACGAUGAAAUGGAAGCCCUUAUGGAUUCUAUAGUGGAUUCGUUGUUUGCUGUGUUUGUUACAUUGGGCAAUGUGCCUAUUAUACGUUGUCCCCGCAAUACGGCUGCUGAAAUGGUAGCACGCAAACUGGAAAAGAAAUUGCGUGAAAAUCUCUGGGAUGCACGUUCAAAUCUUUUUCACAUGGAUGCUACACAAGCUGGUGGCGGAGUGUUCAGCUUUCAGCGUCCGGUUCUUUUGCUGCUCGAUCGUAAUAUGGAUUUAGCAACACCAUUACAUCACACAUGGUCAUAUCAGGCAUUGGUACAUGAUGUUCUUGAUUUGGGCUUAAAUUUGGUUUACGUCGAAGAUGACCAACCGGCUGGAGGUACUCGUAAGAAACCCAAACCCUGUGAUUUGGAUCGCAGUGAUCGUUUCUGGGUCAAUCACAAAGGUAGUCCAUUUCCCACGGUAGCCGAGGCCAUUCAAGAAGAACUUGAAUCCUAUCGCAAUUCCGAAGAGGAAAUCAAACGUCUCAAAACAUCCAUGGGUAUUGAUGGGGAAGCCGAGGUGGCCUUUUCCAUGGUCAACGAUGCUACAGCACGUCUUACAAAUGCCGUCAACUCACUACCACAACUUAUGGAGAAGAAACGCCUAAUUGAUAUGCAUACAAAAAUUGCAACAGCCAUUUUGAAUUGCAUCAAGGCUCGGCGCCUGGAUUCCUUUUUCGAAUUGGAAGAGAAAAUAAUGUCGAAACAAACCCUGGAUAAACCACUUAUGGAUUUGCUUAAAGACCCGGAAUUUGGCACAGCCGAGGAUAAAUUACGUUUGUUCAUCAUAUUCUAUAUAUGUUCGCUGAAUGUUGCCGACUUCGAGAUAGAACGUUUGAAAGAAACACUGCAGGAGAACGGUUGUGAUCUGGCAUCACUGGCGUAUAUACAACGUUGGAAAUCCAUAAUGAAUAGGACCCCAAGCAUGAAUCAAGCCGCUCAAUAUGAAGGUGGAGGCACAAAAACUGUUUCAAUGUUUUCCAAAUUGGUCUCACAGGGAUCAUCGUUUGUAAUGGAGGGUGUUAAAAAUUUGGUAGUUAAGAAACAUAGUCUUCCUGUCACAAAAAUCACCGAGCAGGUGAUGGAGUGUCGCAGCAAUCCCGAAACAGAUGACUACCUCUAUUUGGACCCGAAACUGUUAAAGGGCGGCGAUACAAUGCCCAAGAAUCGUGCACCCUUUCAGGAUGCUGUGGUUUUUGUAGUUGGCGGAGGCAAUUACAUCGAAUAUCAGAAUUUGGUAGAUUUUAUACGGCAAAAGCAAACAGCGAAUGUUACCAAACGUAUCGUUUAUGGCUCCUCGACCCUUACAAAUGCUCAGCAAUUCUUAAAAGAACUUUCCGCUUUGGGUCGUGAAAUUCAAGGCCCCGUCUUGAGUUAGGAUCGUGAGAGUUGCUUGGCUAUGGAUAUCUUUCAUUUCAGAUGCUGUUGAACAGUGAGUGUGGAUGAUAGCCUUAAAAGGGUGCGACCACAAGGAUAUAGGAAACACAAGAAGAAAAAACAAUGAAAACAUUUUGCAAGCCGAUGCUUUUUUUUAAUUUAUAAAUUUUUAAAUUAAAUUGUUCUUAUUCUUAUCAUAAUUUCUCUUUGUAAUGUAAUUUAUUAUAUAAGAUUAUAAUUAUUUUUAUAUAAUUACAAGGAUAUAAAAAAUAAUAAAAAAAAACCACAGGUUAUCUUAUGUUAUCAA